GACUUUGAUAAUGCACAAAAACGUAUCCAUGUCCUUGAAAAUGAUCUCCAGCAGUGGAGUGACCCAGUAUAUAAGGAGAGACCUAGAACAUACAGAACACACUCAGGUAGCGUAAACAUGAAGGCUCUCAUUCUUCUGGCUCUGUUCGCUGUGGCCUAUGCCACUCCUCUGGAUGAGGAUGAUAAAAUUGUUGGUGGAUUUGAGUGCACUAAGAAUAAUGUCAAAUACCAGGUGUCUCUCAACGUCGGCUAUCACUUCUGUGGUGGUUCAUUGAUCAGCAACCUCUGGGUUGUGUCUGCUGCUCACUGCUACAAGUCCCGUAUCCAGGUGCGUCUGGGUGAGCAUAACAUUGAUGUCACUGAGGGCACAGAGCAGUUCAUUGACUCUGCCACAGUCAUCAGACACCCAAGUUACAACAGCAAUAAUCUGGACAAUGACGUCAUGCUGAUUAAACUGAACAAGGCUGCCACCCUGAACUCAUACGUUCAGACCGUUAGUCUGCCUACAAGCUGUGCUGCCUCUGGUUCCAACUGCCUGAUCUCUGGAUGGGGAAACACUAGCGCAAGCGGAAGUAACUACCCCAGCCGCCUGAUGUGCCUGUGGGCUCCCAUCUUGAGCGACAGCACCUGCAAAGGUGCCUACCCAGGUCAGAUCACCUCCAACAUGUUCUGUGCUGGCUUCAUGGAGGGAGGCAAGGACUCCUGCCAGGGUGACUCCGGUGGCCCAGUGGUAUGCAACAAUGUGCUUCAGGGUAUCGUGUCCUGGGGUUAUGGCUGUGCCCAAAGGAACAAACCUGGUGUCUAUGCCAAGGUUUGCAACUUCACCACCUGGAUCAGAAACACUAUGAACUCCAAUUAGACCUUUGCAAUAAAUAAUGGCAAUAAAUAAAAAAAUGAA